AUGACAUACGCUGAAUCGCCGCGUUCGCCGGUUUACACAGUGGUUCCGCCGCCGCGAACACCGCAAGCUUAUAUGACCAACUCGAAUCCGAAUUCUGCCGCCAAAAAAGGACUCGAUUAUUGGAGCAAAUCGGAAGACAAAAAAUCGGGAAUCACUUGUUAUUAUAGUCGACACAGUGAUAUUCGAAUCCCGCGAGGAAAACCUGAUAAACCCGGACGUCCGCAAUUCUCUCCACCCGGUAGCCCCAGAUAUGCACCAUUUCCUAAUAAUUCGCCAGCCGAGCAGGUUAUGAGUCCACCCGCUUCGAUUUAUCAAAAUGUACCGGCGAUGCCGAGAGCGAAACUUAAUGGUGGAGGAGCAAAUGGUGCUUCUGGAAAUGUUGUUUGGGGUGGAAAACGGAAUGAGAAUCAGGAUAAAGAUUGGAACAAUGAGCCAAGUUCGAAUACACCACUUACUGCCUAUGGAAAUAUGCAUAAUAAUAAUAACAAUAAUAAUAAUAAUGGAGAGGGUAAGGAGUGAAAAAUUUGGAUUAUUAGGGACAAAUUUGGAUUAUUGGGGAUACAAGCAAGAAAUCAUGAUUUUUAUACCUGAAAAAUCAAUUAUUUCAUAAAUUGUUCAAGUUUUUAUCUCAAUGACCAAUUUUUUACCGAAAAAUACCCGAUUUAUAAUGAUUUUGGGAUCCUGAAACCUUGCACUUCUCAGCGCUCUAAAUUUCAGUAAAAAAUCUGAAAAUUGAAGAUUUUUCGUGUGAAAGUUCGAAUUUUCAUGAUUUUUGACACUUGAACUUUUAAUUUUGCUACCUGGCGCAAAUAUUAGAUACUCAACAUUUUGAAAAUGUCCUGUAUUUGCCUAAACCAAAAAAAAUUGAACAAUUUUUCAUUACCAAAACUUUGAACGUUUUUUCCAUGUUUCAUUUUUUGACUGUUUUUUUUCAAAAUACUUUUUUCUAUGAAAUAAAUAAUCCGAAAAGUUCAAAUAAAGUGCCAACAAAUAUUUUUUCAUAUAAUAAUGAACUCCCCAAUGACCAAAAAUCUGACAAUUAUUUUUUUUCGCUUGAAAAAAAACUAGACAAACAUCCAAAAAAUAUCUAUCUAUUAUUAAUAAAAUAUCAAUAUUUGUUCAAAAAUUCUGGGGCGAAAAUACAGGGUGACAACAAAUUAUAGCGACAAAAGUAUAUGCUGAUCUGACAGUAAUCACGCAGCAAUUUUUUAUGAUUUCAUUGCUCAAAUUUUCUCAAAAACCAUCAUUUUAAAGUUCCUAAUUAGUAUACUGACUUGUUUUUGAUUUUGAACACAAAAAAUUUCACAAAGUUGGAUAACGAUGGUUUUAAAAAUUUCGUUUUUUGACGAUUUUUUAAAUUUUCGAUAUUUUAUCGGCUAAUUGUUUCAUGUCUGUAAGUAAUAUUUCAUAACUAUAAUUUUUAGUUUAGGUAAAGUAAGUAUUGGGGAAGGUUCAGCACAAAUAUUAUUACAGCUACCCGACUUUUGGACUUUUUUAGAUGUGGUUAUAUUGAACCACCACUUGCGAGUAUCACAAUUUCAUUUUUCGAUAAAAUUGAAAUCUGGGGAUACAAUUCCAAUAUUUAUAAGUAUGAAUGAUUGCAAAUAGUCUGAAUACUAUCAAAAAUUGUUGAAAAAAAUUUUGAGCAUGAAUUCUCUUCAUUAAUUAGAGUUAUUGACGGAUGAUCAGAGUCAACUGAUGGAUUUCGAGAAAUUAUGAUUUUUGGAAAAGUUUCAUUUAUUUCAAAAUUUAUGUUUGAAAAUAAUAUUCGUGAUAAAAGAAUCUUCACUAAACACCUUUGGAACAAUUUGAAACAUUAACAUGGUUAAAAAAAAUUAUUGGGACAUUUUUUAAUUUUGACUUGAUUUGAAAAUUCACAAAAUUCCGAAAAUUCAUGAUAAUUGAACCCCGGCGGAUUAUUCAUUUGAACAUCAGAAAUUGUUAUAACUGUGAAACAGUGUGUAUUAUGAUCUAGAAAAACUAUUUUGAGCAAUAAAUAUGAAAUUUAUCAGCCAGGGAAAAUUUUUGUUGAACAAAGUAUCUAGCGAGUACGGAAAUAUUUUUCAAAACUCUUCAAAGGUCAGGAAAAAUAUCGGGAACCUUCCGAGAACUCUUGAUAUUUUUUCUGCGUGGUCCUGGAUAGUCAGGAAAGUCUCAAAAAAUUUUCAUAGAGAUCGGUUAAGUACGACAGUCACCAGAGUUAGUGGAAUUUGUCGCUAUAAUUUGUUGUCACCCUGUAUAUGGAUUGGGGUAGGAAUUUCGGGUGAAAAUGCCGAAAAUUGAUGAAAAACCUGCAUUCUGGGCUAGAAUUCCAAAUGUUCAUCCAAAAAUUGGAUUUUUUCAGCCACUAGCAGUGAAAAUGGCAAAAAACGUGGCAGUGGUCGACGAAAACCGAAAUGGGGAAGAUGUAUUCAGACAUUGUUUUGUUGUGUUGCACCACCAAGAGAGAUUGGUUAGUUUUUUCGGUUUUUGGGUGAAAAAAUGCUAUAUCUUUCAUAAAAAAAGCCAUUUUUAUCAGAAUAAGUUCUGCCGUAUCGGUAAUGAAAAUCAAAUCCAUUUAAUUUAAUUUUGAGAAUUUUUUGAAACGUAUUUUUUUGGGGAAGGGUUAAUUUCAGCUCUGAAAAUAUUGAAAAGUUACAUCUUGAAAAAUAUAACUCUACCUACUUUUUUUAGAAAGUUUUUCAUUUCAGAAAAUUUUCAUCUCUAGUUUGUAGGUCGAAAUUUCAGGCUGAAAUUUGUUUUAGUUCAAAAAUCCUCUUAUUUCCCACCUUGUUUACUACAAAAAAACAUUAUUUUUGAUAGAUUUAUUUUUAUUUAUUUAUUUAUUUAUACUAUUCAAGAUUAAUGACCAUCUUUUUUUUUCUUAUCCUCUUUCUCUCAUCCUGAAAAUAUAAAAAAAGUUGUUGUUUUGAUCAUUGACUGGUUUUCUUUUCUUCCUUCCCACUCAAAACAAAAAUUAUCUUUGAAAAAAUAUCUCUUUACCCACUGAAAAUCUAUAAUUUUGCCAAUAUUUUUCGAUUCAAGAACGCUGCUUUGAGAUUGGAACAUAUUAGUGGGUUUUUUAUGAGGAUUGCUGGAUUUUUCGGAAUAUUUUUGAGCUUGAAACUAUGAAAAAUAAGCCCGGAAUGUUGAAAUUGAUAAAUUUUGAGCUUUAAAAAAUUGGGGUCAAGGUUUUCAUAAUUUUGAGCUGAAAGCCUUGAAAUUUACCCAUCAUUCUGGAAUUUUAAUUUAAAAAUUUCUGAAAAUCCCACAUUUUUUGAGUUUUGAAGGCCUUCUGAAAAUUCGAUAUUUUUAGGCUAAAAAUCUAGUAAAUCUAAUAAUUUUUUUUAAUUCUGAAAUUUCAGUUGAAAAUUUUCUGAGGUUUUUUCGAAAACAAACGGAGAAACGAUUUUUAAAUUUAAUUCAAAUUUUGAAAACUUAUUAUACUUUUUUCUAGAAAGUAAGUUUUUAAAGCAAGACUUUUGUUAGUGAAAAAUGUCAAAAUUUGCCUGAAAAAUCUCUAAUUUGCCUACCAAAACCUUGUAUUUUUUGCAGAAAAAAUCCAAUCCUCAAACAAUCGAACGAGCAAUAAUAAUUUGUCGAAUGGAAGAACGACACCAAUUAAUGGAAUUUCAGCUGGAAAUGGAACUGGAAAUGGAUUAGCAGCAACAUCAAAUAAUAGUUCACAACAGAUUCAACUUAUUACACAGGUUUGUGAGGAGGGUUUUGCCGGGAAAAUUGGAAAAUUCCUCACAGAAACAGGCUGGAGAACCGGCGGAGAAAACGACAUGUCGGCGAACUUCCGGACAACCGGUGGACAAAAGUUUCGGCGAAAUAGUGUAGGUGAGACACUCCGCCGGUUGUCCGAGAGUUCGCCGACAUGUCGUUUUCUCCGCCGGUUCUCCAGCCUGUUUCUCUGAGUCGGUAGAUUUUAAGCUGAGAAUCAUGAAAAUUAAAGUUUGGCGCUAAAAAUUGACUAGAAUUUGAUGAAAAUCGGCAAAAAAAAGAAAAUUUCCAGCUAAACAUUUGUUGAAACUUUUAAAUUACAUAAAAAAUUACAUUUUUUUUCGAAAAAACAUCCCUCGAAAAAUACGAUUCAAAAAAUGUCUUUCAAACAAAUGAAAAUUGAUUCUGACAAUGUAUUUGACACAAAAUGGAGCUGAACCUUCUGAUAAAUUUGUCUGAAAAUCGUAAAUCUAAAUGUUUUUUUUUUCAAAAAUUCUCAAAUUUACCCAAUUUUCAGGUGAAUCGCGAUGGUACUGUAACUGGUCUUCCCGGCGGGACCCAAAUUCUUCAAAAUCAAAAUGGAAGUGGUGAUGGUGGAGCACAAAAUGGAGCACAACAAAAUGCACAAUUCUAUGAGAGAUCUGAAUUGGUGGGUUUUUUUUGGGUUGAAAAUUUGGGAUUUUUUGCUGAAAAUAAUGAAAUGUUGGGAAAAAUGUUCAAAGAUGUGAAAUUUGUAUUCAAAUUUUGCUCGAAAACCUGGAAAGCUGAAUUUUUGCUCAAAAAUCACUUGUCGAUUUUUUUUCUGCUUUAUGAAAAAUAUGAGAUAUCAAGUGAAAAAUCGAUAUUUAUCACCUGUUUUUUGAUCCGGAAAAGUUUUCUUCUCAUAUUUUUUUUCGAUUUUUCGCGUGGGUUUUUCAGAAAUGUUUUUUUUGUUGGAAGAUUUAUUGGAAACUGAAAUCUGAAAUUUAGCACUAGCUUUUUUGACGUCAAAGUUAAUUUUUUCAAAAACCUAUUUUGUAAAGAAUUUGCAAAAAAAAGAAUAACACGUGGUUGUCUCCUAAAAUCCUGAAAUAUGUAUCGUAAAUCUAGUGGGUUUUUGUGCCAAAAAUCCUUUUGGUUCAGAGUCCAACUCGUUUUUUUCGCACAAAAAACGUCUGUUCCACAAAAAAUGUCUUUUUUUUCCGAAAAUAAAUCAAUUUUCUCAUUUUUUUUUGCAAUGAUUUUUUGAGCUCCAAAAAGCCUAACUAAAUUGUGUAAUAAUGGACAAUGUUUCUAAGUUUUCUUCCCAUUUUUCUCCAUUUUUUUCGAAAAAAAAGAGAUAAAAAGAUAAGUGACACAUGACUGUUCCAAAGGAAUUUCGAUCAUUUUCUGAGUUUUGACGUCGCUCGAGCCGGAAAUAAGCAUUUAAUUUUUCAAAAUUCCGAUUUUUCGACAAAGAAAUUAUCCUGUGAAAUAUAUGUUUCAAAAUUUCACUUUAAAAAUUGGAUUUUUUUUUAUAUUGUUAGUAUAUUUGUGAAAAAAUUUACAUUUUUGUUGAUUUCUUGUAUUUUCUCGUAUUUCUCAUCUAAAAAUUUUCUUUGAAAAAAACCCGAAAUAUAGAAAAAAUGCGCGAGCAACCGGCAAAACGUCGAAAACCGCUACUUUUCCAAGACGAAUUCGAUUAUCGACUAAAUUAUCGAUUUUUGAUCGAAUGGAAACCAGGAAGAACGCCGUCGGCUAUGGAAAUUAUGAAAUACGGGUUAUUAGGAGAAAAUAAUUUGGUAUAUAGGAAAAUGGGAAAAAUUUGGAAUUUUUUGAGCAAAAAUGGGUGAAAAUCGAUCUGAAAAUCACUAAAAAUUCUAUUCCUGGUCAAAAUUGAGUAAAAAUUAUCAGAAAUGUUUUCUUUCAGAAUUCCAACGAAAAACCACUUUUGGGACCAUUAUUGCCAAUUGAUUCCAAGAAAAAAUGUUUGGUUAUUGAUCUCGAUGAAACACUGGUUCAUUCUUCUUUCAAGGUUGGUUUUUUUCUGAAAAAUCUGAAAAUUUGAUUUUGAAAUUGUAAAAAUUGGUUUUCAAAAACUUUUAAAACGUAUUUUUCACAUCUUUUUUCUCUGAUUCUCGAAAAAUGUCAAUUUUUUUGAUGAGUUUUUGUUUUAUUUUGGGAAAAGUCUGUUCUUUGACCGAAAUUUGAUAUUUUUAAAGUCUCGAAAAAUAUCCUAUUUUUUCGGGAAAAAAGUACGAUUUCGGGGGUUCAGAUAAGAAAGAAGAAGUCAAAAAUCAGUGGGAAAUUACGAUUUUUGUUGAAUAAAAAUGGUCAAAAACUAUAUGAAACCAUGAAAAUCCGAAAUUAAUGAAAAUUUUUUUAAUGUCAGAAUUAGUUCUAAAAUUAACCUGAAUUCGAGACAACCUGUCCUUCAAAAACUACAAAAAAAUGUAUUAAUAAUUGCUGAAAAGUUCACCAAAAUAUUGAUUUUUACUGUAAUUUUCGCACCCAAACUUAACAAAAAAUUAAUUGCAGCCCGUCAAAAAUCCGGAUUUCGUAAUCCCAGUCGAAAUCGAUGGUGUCGAACACCAAGUUUAUGUUCUCAAAAGACCGUAUGUUGAUGAAUUUUUGGCGCGAGUUGGUGAAAUGUUCGAAUGUGUUUUGUUCACUGCUUCUUUGGCCAAAUAUGCUGAUCCGGUCGCCGAUUUAUUGGACAAAAAAGGCGUUUUUCGAGCGAGGCUUUUCCGAGAAGCUUGUGUUUUUCAUAAGGGAAAUUUUGUGAAAGGUAAGAAAGAGGGCGAGAAAUUGGGGAAUUUUUCACUUCGUUUCAACCCUGUGUUGGGACGAACAAAUAGAGAAUACGCGACGCAGACACAAAAAACCCCGAAAAUUUUUUAAAAAUGAGAAUUCUUUCACCAUCGCUGCAGGACCCAACAGUUGGCUGGCCUUAUAAAAUUUUGCGGUAUUUUCAGUUUCGCGGGUUUUUCUUUCGCACUCUACACACUCUCUCUGUCUCUAUUUGUUCGCCCUGAAACGAAGUGUUUUGAGCCAGAAAACCAUUUAAUCAAGUGCGCUCUAUUGUAAUUUUUGGAAAAAGAAACCAAGGUUUUUUUUUACGUUUCAAAUUGUGUUUAAAAAGUUUUCUGUAAAAAUUUUGGAUCUAAAUUAAAGUGAAAACCUAUGAAUAUCUGACUCUUUAGCCUGAUCUUCAUCAGAAAUCUAACUUUUAGCGUUGAAAACACUGGAAAGUCUGAUCCUAGGCUAAACAUCAUUCAAUUCUUUAAUUUUUUUGCAGAUUUGAGCCGUCUCGGUCGACUUUUGGAACGUACUUUAAUCAUUGACAAUUCUCCAGCCAGUUAUGCAUUCCAUCCCGAAAAUGCUGUUCCAGUUCAAACAUGGUUUGAUGAUCCGGCUGAUACGGAAUUAUUAGAUAUUUUGUGCCAUUUGGAGCAUUUGAAUCAGGUAAGAAUGGGAAAUUAGCUAGAAAUAUGAUUUAUGGUUAGAAAAUUGCGAUUUUUAGUUGAAAAUGGAUCAAAAACUUGAAUUGUUGUCUUAAAAUUCACCAGUAUUCGAGAUUUUCUUCCCAAAAUUGAUAAAAUUACACUGAUUUUCAGUACGAAAGCGUCUAUGAUAGUUUACGACCGGAAGAAGGACCACCAAGUGGUGAUUUGGCUCUUCUUGACUGA